CAUAUGACGUCCUCCCCCACUCUAACCAUGUCUGUCACGCUUUCCUCGGAGGGGACAUGUACACUGAUCAUCAAGGCACUGAUGAUCAGUGUGCCCUGAUGAUCCGUGUAGCCCCAGCAGCGCCACCUGUCAGUGCCUCAUCAAUGCCACAUCAGUGCCUACCAGUGCACAUCAGCGCCACAUAUCAGUGCCCAUCUGAGCUGCCUUUCAGUGUCACCUAUCAGUGCCAGUCAGUGCCACCUAUCAGUGCUACCAAUCAGUGCCGCUUAUCAGUGCCAAUCAGCACCACCUAUCAGUGCCAGUCAGUGCCGCCUAUCAGUGGGCAUCAGUGCUGCCUAUCAGUGCCAUCAGUG